CUCUUUGGAUGCAAGCAAAUAGCCUUCUUAAAACAUGGAUUACCAAUUCUGUCUCACCACAGAUCAUGCAAGGUAUCUCAUCCUGGAAAACUGCAGGGGAAGUUUGGUUAGAUCUCAAGGAAACUUAUUCAGUUCUAAAUGAAGCAAGGAUUUUUGAGAUCUACAGAGAGCUAACCACUAUCAAACAAAAGAAUCUAUCCAUGACUGAUUAUUAUACAAAGUGUAAGGCUUUGUGGGAUGAGUUACAAGAAUAUGAAGAAACCCCUUGUUGUAAGUUUUGCAACACUCACAAGCUAUUUCUGAGUAAGAGGAAUAGAGAGAGGCUCAUGCAGUUUAUAAUGGGUUUGGUUGAAGGUUACAAUCAUGUUAGCAGCCAGAUUAUGAUGAUCAAUCCUGUGCCUGAUGUCAACAAAGCAUACAAUAUGCUACUUCAAGAAGAAAGAAUGCAAAAGGUUACAAGCAUUCAUAAAUCAAUUUCAGAGGAGGCCAUCGCUAUGGCAUUCAAGAAAUUCACCAGUGCAGGAAAUACUCAGAAUUUCAAGCCAAACAACAAGUACAAUCAAUCAAGGAACACAGACAAACAAAAGAGAGAUUCUGAGCAGAGUUCAAAGUCAUCCUAUUCCAACAACAAGGACAAUAUAUCUUGCAAUUACUGCAAGAAAGAAGGGCAUACAAUAGAUAAAUGCUUCAAGAUACAUGGCUAUCCUCCAAACUCGUCUAAGAGAUUCAAAACUAACCAUGCCAAGGGAAAAUCCUACUCAACUAAUCAAGUUGAGGGUAAUACUGUUGAUCAAUCAACUGCUGUGGAGCUGACCAGUGAUCAGUGCCAACAGAUUGUGGAGUUCCUCAAAACAAAAGGCAAUCAAGAAGGAGCUUCAACAGAGAAUCAACAAGUUAUGGCUACUGCAGCUGCAGUAGCAGGAAGCAGCCACAUUGAAGAAAGCUGGGAUGGGAACCACUAUUAAAGGACUUUACCUAUUGCAUGAAGCAGCCAAGGACUGUUUAGGACAUUUUGAAAAUGUAAAUCUAGUGGUUAGUGCUAAGUUAUGGCAUGAGAGACUUGGACAUCCUACUGAAAAUGUGUCCAAGCUCUUGCCCAUCCCCAUGUAUCAAGAUAUUCACAAUUGUAUUGAAUGCCAUUUGGGUAAAAUGAAAAGAAAAUCUUUUGAAAUUAGUGUGACCAAGACCAGUGCAAUAUUUGAACUAAUUCACAUGGAUAUUUGGGGUCCUAACUCAACACCUUCUUUUGAAAAUCAUAGAUAUUUCUUGACUAUAGUUGAUGACUAUUCAAGAAUGACAUGGAUUUUUUUGAUGCAUACUAAAGAUGAAACUAGAACACAUAUUAAAACCUUCAUUAAUUUUGUGAAAACACAGUUUCACAAAACAGUAAAGAUAAUAAGAACAGAUA